CUUGAUAGAAAGAAUUUAUUUUGUCACUUCAGAUUUCAACUAAGAAUAAAAAUGAGACGAGGUGUAAAAGUAAAUUAUCCACAAAAGAAACCAAAACUCAAACUAGAAGAUCUUGGUGAUGUUAAGGAACCAGAACGGCAUUCCAUGUAUCAAGUGCUUAUGGAUAAUUUAAAAAUAGCUAAAAGGAACACUUACCUACAUCGUAUUAUUUACAUUGGAGAACAUAAAUUCCCCUGCUUCGAUGAUGCCUCAGCUGUAUUUCAACAAAUAAUAAAUAAAUGCAACGAGACUUAUUGUAUCGAAAAAUUAAGUGGAUUUUUCUUGUACUAUUCCCAGUAUUUUGUGCAUAUGGUUGAGGGCGACGAAGAUAACUUGAACAAACAUUUAAAAUAUUUGUUAGACGUCGCUGCAGAACACGCCCCGUAUCUAGGAAAUAUGAAGCUUUUAAUUCACAUAUCUCAUAUAAAUCAGAGAUUUAUUGAUGGUUGGAUGUCUUAUACCAGUAAACCAGCAAAACUGCUUGAGAAAUUAGACAUCGAGGCCGAUUUACAAUAUAGCGCCAGAUUUAUAUAUAACUUUAUUAAGAAAAUUUAUUUCUUAUGUAGUAAUUAUGCUGAUGAUCAAACAAAAAUCGAUGAGCGAGAGAAGUCUAUGCAGUCAGUGUCAGCAAGUAGUAAUAUUACGAAUGACUCGCCAUCACUAAUAUAUCACGAAGCUUCCAUUCAAAUGUCAAUGAGCCAACUAACUGGAAGGUCCACCCAGAAAGAAUACAUAAUGUAUUUGCCAGAAUACGAAUUAUUAGAUUUUGCAAUUAAGACGUCUUUCACUAUGCCGCUUAGAGAAUAUAGUAGUAUGUAUGGGGUAGUACCAAUGAGAGACAUUUAUAAAGAUAGGGUAUGGCCAGUUCCUCACGACUUUAUACCCUACGACAUCUUUGAACAACCGUACACCUGUAUGACCGAGUUGCCAAAAGAAAAUCGUAUUCCUUCAGCAUUCUAUAGUCCUUCUUGUUUAGGGCUAAUCGAAAAGAAAGAAGCAAGCCAAACCAGACAAAGCAUAACAAUAAUUGACAACCUAAGUGUUAAGUAAAAUGUUUUCUAAAUUAAAUUUAUUGUACUCAAAAUUUUGCAAUUUUAU